UGGCGUCUAGCCCGGAUGGGAUGCCCAAUUGCCCAUGCCCAUGCCUAUGCCCAGCACCAAUCAGUGUUUGUGUUUCCACGCUGUAAGCUUUUGCUAAUUUUUAAGCUUUUACGAUCAUUUAUUCAAACAAGAAAGUUCUGUAUCAACAUGGGUGAUUCGAAAGAUAAUUUAUUAUGGAUUUCUUGGCAUGAUUCUGCUUGGAUACCUAUACUUAAUCCCACAAAUGUAAUGGACUAUUUUCAAUCUACCACAAACCCUUUCUAUGAUCGCACCUGUAACAAUGAGAUAGUCAAAAUGCAACGUCUUAACAUGGAGCAUCUCAGUAACUUAACAGGGCUUGAGUAUAUGCUUCUUCAUGUACAAGAACCAAUUUUGUAUGUUAUUAGAAAGCAGCAUCGGCAUUCUGUCUCAGCUGUAACACCACUUGCAGAUUUCUACAUCAUUGCUGGAGUUGUUUAUCAGGCUCCAGAUCUUGGCUCUGUUAUCAAUUCCCGUAUUUCUACAACAGUUAAUCAUCUGCAAGGGGCUUUUGAUGAAGCUCGAACCUAUUCAAGAUAUCACCCAAGCAAAGGUUAUUGGUGGGAGUUCAAAGAAACUGAAUCUAAAGACCUUGAGGAUGAAAACAAAAAGUCACAGAAAAAGAGUUCAAAAGAUAAAGCAAAGGAAGAAAGUAGUUCAGCAUUCCAAAGGCAUAGAGUUAACAUACUAUUAGCUGAUCUUGCCAAAAAAUUUCCCAUAAAAAACACUCCAUUUCCUGCAUCUAACACUCAUCUGCCAGAACAAAGAACAUCUGUUGAAGAUAAUUCGAAGGUUGAAGUUAAAGUAGAAGUUAAAACAGAACCUCAGGGUCAUAAACCACCACCAGAGAAGAAGCCAAGGCUUGGAUAAAAGAAUUAUGUGAACAUAAUGUGUAAAAUAUGAUUAAACAUGUAUACUUGACAUAGGUAUACUGUCAUAACUGA